UAAAGAUGUGGUCGCAGGUGCAGCGGGUACGGGGAAGAGUGCAACUCACUUAAAAUGUCAAAUGUGUAAUCUAAAAGCUACAUGGCAACAGUUUCUGAGGAAUGACAUGAAGCCUGAACAAGGUGGGACAUUAAAGGUUUUGUAUAAAGUUUGAAAUGAUGUGUCUCCAUAAUUUGCAAAUGAUGUACGGGUGUAUUGUUACCAGUAUGUUAAGUGAAAAUCGGAAAUAGUGUAAAAUAUAUAGUAUAAUAAUAGUGUAACAUGAUGCUGGAUGGAUGAUGAUUAUUAUCUUCGAUACUCACCUUAUAUGACAUGACAUUUCGUUUUAUUUAUAUUCCACAUAGAUUGUUUACCAAUGUUAUUUCGCAUGUUGUGCAGGUGAAUGAAUCCUGCAUUGCGAAGUAAUAUUUCCAUUAACUGGAUUGUGAACUGAAUCAGUUAACGGUGUAUUUGAAAUGUUCCUGUAUGACUAUUAAUGACUGACGUUCUCAAGAUAUUUCAGCUUCGCCUUUUCUGAGAAUUGCCUUGCAGUAGAUCCGGGUAUCACGUAAAUCUCCUGUUAAAAUGACUGUUGUAAAGUGCGACGUGACUUUGGCCGUAGCUGCUGGUGCCGCGUUUAUCGUUGUUCCUAGUACGUUGACGGUCCAGUGGUUGUACGGCUGGCCCGGGUACCCGAGACCCCGGAAAUACGUAGAAGCGCUAAGGCCUGGGCGGAUAUACUCUUUAACCAGAGCCGUGCUGGAAACCGUGAAGUACCUGAAAUGACUGUACUGUCGGUGGAAACUGUACUACAAGAAUAUCGAUAAUGGGAUCGUUUUUGGCUCCCAUGGCGAGAUGCAGAUGACCAGGGAGCUCAGCGCAGUGGUGAUCUGCCUGGAUUAUUCCACUUUUCCCAAGGGGAAUGUCUCCCAUAUGGUUCAAGAUAUCGCUGAGUGUCUGCUGUGGUUGAAAGAAAAUGGACAGAAGUGGAACAUUGCCACCGUAAAUCUCCACGGCAUUUUGUGGAACUCUGCCGUAGGUCUGAGUAGCAUCUACCAUAUUGUGGACCACUAUGAGCACGAACGGACAUGGGGGGUGGAGUUUUUGUCGUCGAUGCGCAUUGCCAUGGGAGGGGUGUAAAACUUUAAUUUUUAUUCACCUGGAAGGUUCUUGCAGAGGCUUCCCCGAGACAAACUGGGGAGGCAUCCCCCAUUCUGCCUGAUCCACGGCACCAGUGACGUCGUGGUCCCCGUGGAAUCCUCCGUCCGCUUCUUGGAGGCCCUGGCCGCACUCUCGCUGAAGGUGUCCCUCUAUCUUCUCCCCGACGUGCAGCACGCCGACGUCGUCACCGACCUGAUGGCCCCCGAGGGAUGCUGCCACCACACAGCGCUUGGCUGUGCGAAGCAGAGCUGUUUGGCCCUUGCAGGAAGACCCCUCCCCUGCUGCUGCCCCCUGAUGGCCAUUGGGGUGUUUAGGCCUGUUAUUCCCUCUGUGGUAUUAAAUCUUACCCAGACUCCUCUCUGUUGUUUGGUGUGUCACACAUGCAUGUGUGUAUGAGCCGCAGUCUCCAGCCUGGGACUCCAUCCAUCCAUCCAUCCGUCCGUCCGACCAUCCAUCUAACCGCUUCUCCCGGUCGGGGUCAGAGAGGCCCGGAGCCCAUCCCAGGCAGCACAGGGCUGGGGGACAGCGGAUGGGAUAACUGUCCAUCGCAGAGCUCAUACACUACA